AUGAAGCUGCCGACGGGCUACGGCUGCGAGACCACGAACGGGGACGACGCCAGCAACGGCCGCAGCGCCAGUGCCGCCCAGGACGGAGAGGACUGCGUCAACGGCGUGCUGCGACCGGCCUCGCAGCAGAACCAGUACCACAACCUGCCCGUGGCGGUGGCCGUGCCGGUGACGGGCAUCCGCUCGUCGGCCGCCACCACCGCCGCCCAGAGCCCCGACCGCGCGCGCGCGUCGUCCGCGGCGGGGCGCCGGAAGUCGGCGCACAACUUCUCGUUCCGCUCGCUCACGGGCUCCAAGUUCAUCCGCCUGGCCGACUUCGCCGGCAAGCCCAUCCUGGUCGUGAACGUGGCGUCGCACUGCAACUCCACCACCAAGGCCUACGUGCAGCUCAACGACCUGGCCAAGCGCUUCCCGGAGCUCGUGAUCAUCGGUUGCCCGUGCAACCAGUUCGGCCACCAGGAGAACCUCAACGGCGAGGAGAUCUACCAGAGUCUGCGGCACAUCCGCCCCGGAAAGGGCUUCGAGCCGGCCUUCAUGCUCACGGAGAAGGUGGAGGUCAACGGCGCCAACGCGCACGCGCUCUUCAACUUCCUAAGGAUCACGCUGCCCUACCCGUGCGACCGCACGCUGCUGGACGAGAUGUCCACGCCCAGCGGCGUCUUCUCGCACCCCAUGCGCCUCAUCUGGAUGCCCGUCACGCGCGCAGACGUGAGCUGGAACUUCGAAAAGUUCCUCAUCAGCCCCGAUGGCACGCCCUACAAGCGCUACAGCCCCAGGCUGGACUUCACGGGCAUGAUCGAGGACAUCAAGUUCCUGUGCAAGGUGGACCUGUCGAACGAGAAGCAGCUAUAA